GGAAGGCGCGCGUCGUGGCAGACUACAUCAUGUCCGCUUACCAAGCCCGUCUCCGGACCCUAACACACUCAUCACCCGUCCAGCUCCCAUGUUUCUUUCCAGUGCGACACUAGGCGGAGGAUGCGGCUCUUCACUGUCACAACUUUCUUCUUGUUUUUCCUCGAGUCAGGGCUGGCUCUGCAGAUCCAGUGCUACCAGUGUGAGGAGAUGACACACAAUGACUGCUCCACUCCAGAAUAUAUCGUCAACUGUACCGUCAAUGUGCAGGACAUGUGCCAGAAGGAGGUCCUGGUGAAGGAGGAUGGGAUACACUACCGCAAGUCAUGCGCCUCGUCGGGAGCCUGUCUCAUCGCCUCAUCUGGUUACCAGCAGUUUUGCACUGGCAAGCUCAACUCAGUAUGCAUCAGCUGCUGUAACACGCCUCUGUGUAAUGGGCCACGCCAGAAGAAACGUCCUCCACCCUCUGCUGCAUCAGUCCCAAACAAGCAACACUUCUCGGUCCUUCCUCUCUCCAUCCUCUUUUUAACUCACCGUAACUUCGGCUGA